UCUUUGGGGAUUUGUUUUAGAUCCGUAGCACCGGAGGAUGCAUGCAUGGAACCCGUCGUCUUUGCCUCGUCUUUAUGCUGCGUUCCUUUGACAUCUUCUUUUAGACUCUUACAACAGCAACAGGUAACAUGCAUGCGCCUGACGCUUUAUUCAUGGAGUUUUGUCUCCGUCGUCUUCAUUCGUCAUCAGCCAUGCAGUCCCUAAUGAAUGAAGAAGAAGAAGAAGAAGAAGAAGAAGAAGAAGAAGAAGAAGAAAGCUGCAUGAUUGCACCAGGAUGAACACUGUACAAGAUUCAUAUAUGGAGAAUAAUAAUAGCCUUUAAUUUGAUGCAUCAGAACAAUUAACGGGUUCUAAUUCCUACCCCUCCACUGUCAUGAGUCUAAACAAAAGGCAGAAGAGAAAGAACGCAGGAUGUUCUCAUGCAUCCAUCUUCUAAUCUAACCAAGAGAAACACCGUAUAUAUAUAUAGAUAUAGGUAACAGCGAUUCACUGGAGAACGAUGGUCUCGAAGCAGUUAAGCCCGUCCAAUUCCACAGCAAACCGUGGCCGCCUCCACUCCUGCUGCUGCUCCUCCUGCUGCAAGUUGUUUGCCUUCUCUGCGAGGCCGGACUUGUUGAUCUCGACCUUGGCCUCCUCUUCCUUAUCCUUCUUCCAUCUCCGGACGAGGAGAGAGGUGACCCACUGCGUUCUCGGAGCGGCCAUGGAGUUCUGGUGGCAAGGAAAGUAACAGAAGGUGAGGAAGUGCUGCGUGUGUCGAGGGCUGACGGAGAACCAGGCGGCUUUGGCUUUAUUGGCGAGGACGCAGCGAAGGUGUUUGCUUCUUCUGUGCCUUCUCCUCGAGUAGGAUUAGGAAGUCUAAUUGGGUACGGAGAAGGUUGAGAGGUGCGUGCGGACUCCGGCAAACCCGCGUGGGACGAAUUCGAGACCAGUCCGGAUUUGACCCAGUCAAACCGAUGUCUUUCACUUUGACUUUUCUGCUGAAUCACCCCGAGAUCUUUUAGGGGUGACGUGGUGUCACCAUCGCCCCCGAAGGGAAUCCUGGGUGAUUCAGCCCUGGCAUGUCUUUCAUGCGUCUUGAUCGGUUUGUCGGGGUUCUGUACUCCCUGACAUCAGCACGAGCGAUUUCGAGCGCCUCUUCGAGCACCGGCGUGGAGGAGAGAUGACUCUCUCCGCCUUGUGCUUCGCCCCCACGACAUCGCCCUUCUCUCCGCUCCGCUUCUCCUCUCUCCACGGCGCUCCUCUCCGCCUUCCGACGUCCCUCGCGACGAGGCCCCGUCGCCAUCUCUGCGCCACUCGUACGGCCCCUAAUGUCUCGCCCUCUGCGUUUUGGUCCCUGCAAGAGCUGCAUCUGGACGAGAAGGAAGCCGAGGCUCUCUUCCUGCAGCACCCGGAGCUGGAACUCGUGCCUCCGGAGUCUCUUCGCAGCCGUGUCCUCGCCUUACAGUCCGUCGGAAUCGAUGACCUCUCGCUCCGCCGGACCGUGGCCCGGCGCCCCGAGAUCCUGUCGGCUCCCGAGCUCGGGCCGUUCCUCGAGUUCGUUCGCGACGAGUUGAAGGGGCUUAAACCGGCCAAGCUGGAGCGUCUUCUGACCACGACCCAUCCCGAGUUCUUGACCGGCAUCGCUGCGAGGGUCACGCGGCUCAUGGAGCACGGCGUCCCCGGCGAGAAGUUGGGGCAUCUCCUCAACCAUGUGCACAUAAGGAAGGUGUUCUGUGAAAGGCCCCUGAAAGAUUUGGAGGAGAUGAUCCUUUUCCUGAAGCGGUUCAGCUGGCCGGACUUGGUCAUCCGUCGGCCGAUGAUUCUGAAUCUGGACCUCCACGACCAGCUGAUCCCGAGAGUCGAGUUCCUCGCCGAACUCGGGGGCGGAGAUGAGGCAGCCGCGGCGGCCUUGAUCGCCAAAUUGCCCGCCCUCUUAUCCUACACCGUCGAGCACUUCGAGUCCCAUCUGGAGUUCUGGAGAUCCGUGGGUCUCUCCGACGAGGAGCUCUUCAAGAUAGCGCUGGUGUACCCUAACAUCUUCAGCGUCAGCAAGGAGAGGAAGCUGGGGCCUCGGGUCGAGUUCCUGAGGCAGUGCGGCAUGGACGCAGAGGACAUCUUCAGGUUCCUGGUGAAGGCUCCCCUGUACGUGAGCCUGUCCUUCAAGGGGAACCUCUCCAAGAAGCUGACCUUCCUGGUGAAGAUCGGGUACAAGCACCGGACGCGGGAGCUGGCGUGGGCGGUGGGCGCGACGACCAGGACGAGCUGCGAGAACAUGCAGAGGGUGGUGGGCCUCUUCUUCAGCUACGGUCUGUCCUGCGAGGACGUGCUGGCCAUGAGCAAGAAGCACCCCCAGGUGCUGCAGUACAACCACGCGUCCCUGGAGAAGAAGCUGGAGUUCCUCAUCGGGUACAUGGAGAGGGACGUCGGGGAGAUACUGGUCUUCCCCGCAUUCCUCGGCUACAAGCUCGACGACCGGAUCAAGAAAAGGUACGAGAUCAAAAGGGAGGUGAGGGGUAAAGGCAUGUCUCUCAACAAGCUCUUGAGCGUGUCCACAGACAGGUUUUACUAAGCUUCGGACCUCAAUUUCCAUACACGAUUAAUUCACGAGUUUUUAGUUGGUUUAUA